GUAAACAUCCUUGGAGUGUUCAGUUCACUGUUUAUCGUGAAAAUAAACAACUUAUCGUUGUUGCAUGUGGUACAUAUGAUAAUUACAACAAUAAAAUUUUCAUUUUGCAUGGUUUAAUGUAUCCCAGUGUGUUCCAAAGUAUAUGAUACUUUCUUGCUUCGUGGAAACUAGAAUUUUCUCGACGUAGCGCAUCACACGAUUGUACCCUUGGUAAGAAAAAAGAGCUAGGAGGCCUGAAACUCCUAGGUCGAUGGUUGAGUAGUUGAAAAUUUGUCGUGCAGUGUUUCGUGGAACAGCGAACGUCCAAUAGCGCAGUUUGAGUGGUCAUAGUUUCGGUUUUGGAUGCAAGGCGCGACUUCAUUCUCUCCUUCUGGAUAAACAAUUUGAGUGCGAACAGAUUACUGCUAUGCCACAAGAGAUUAAACGUGAACGAAAAAACACUCAGUCAAUGAUGCGCCCGAAAUCAAUUCACUGGAAUGAAGCCCCGUUGUCUCCGUGCCCGAUACCGGACAUCAGUGACGAUGAGCUGGUCUCGAUUACGGUGCGGGAUCUUAACCGCACGCUGAAAAUGCGUGGUCUUACACGCGAAGAAAUAGUCCGUAUGAAGCAACGCCGCCGCACUCUUAAGAAUCGGGGCUACGCGGCCAGCUGUCGCAUCAAGCGCAUCGAGCAGAAGGAUGAAUUGGAAACGGAAAAGUCGCAGGAAUGGCGCGACAUGGAGCUGAUGCACGAGGAAACUGGCCGGCUGCAGGAAGAGGUCGAUUCACUACGCAACAAGUACGAAGCCCUGCGGAAAUUUGCCAUUUCGAAAAAGAUUCCCCUUCCACCAGAGUUGGACGUGCUAUGAACCGCGUCAACGUUACCAUGGUGGGAUUAAAUGAUGUGAUUUGUGUUUAUCAUUAGUAUUUGUAUGUAUAGAUGAAAAAAUAUUCCUUUAGCUAUAAACGUUCAUAUAACUAAUAAAAUAUGUGAACUUUUA